CAAGAUCACACAUGAUUAUAUUUAGGCUUACACAUUGAGAGAAUUUGAUGAAUCAAAGUGCUUAGAUGAACAGUUCUAAAAAUAAAAAGUGAACAAAUACUCCGGGACGGAAGGAAUAUUUUGCAAACCCAAAUUUCAUAUUUUGCAAACAAAAAUCCAAACGAACCUUGUAUAUAAUGAAGAAUCUUCAUAUAUACAAUGGUAUGAGGCCAAAAUGAACAGUGUUCCCGCCUAAAAUUAUUGGGCCGAGUAUGGGCUAAUUGAACUGGGUUAUGUAAUGGGCCUGAUAUCUUCUGAUAUUGGACGGCAAAUAGUUGGCUCCAGGCUGUUCUUGCAUGCUAGCUUAAAUAUAGGGCGACUGAUUUGCAUUGAUGGCUCCAGGCUGUUUUUACAUACUAGCUUUAAUAUAGGGCGGCUGAUUUGCAUUGUACCGCGUACAACAUGAUGAAAAAAAUUGGGGAGUGUGAGCACUGUAUUAUUACGGCAGUAAAGCACCUUUUAGAAGCCCAAAUUCCUUAUUGCCAUUUAAUGCUUUGGAUUUGAAAAAAUCUUAUGGUACAUGGGCAUUAAAUGCAAAAGAUUCUCCCACAAAUCCAAGAACAUUAUUUAACCAAAUUUUUAAAACAAUGUAAUUAAUAACAUGCAUAUAAACUAUCCAAAGUUUUAGAUAAACAUAUAAUUCAAAAUAUAACACGGAUUCUCUUAUAAACUAAAAAACAUAGUGAUAAAUUUUUAAUAAUUAAUAACAUGCAUAUUUGUUUUAAACCCAUUAUAAUCUAUCUCAUUAUUUUGAAUUAUUAGAACAAUGUUAAAAGAAUAACCAUAUUAUUGAGCAUUGGAUCUUACAAAAUUUCAAACCAAUACUUCAAUGAAAUUACGUAAUGGUGAAAAUGUUCAGUAAUCACCAAAAAUAAACUAUACCAAAAAUAAUUUUUAAAACUUAUGAAUAAUUAUUAAAAAUACUUAGAAACAUUUUCGAAAUCAAAGGAUCUAAACACAACUUAUGCAUGGUUGAUUUAGACUACAUCUAAUCUAUUUCGUUAAUUUGAACUUAUAAAAAAUUGACAAAAUUAUUAAAUUUAUAGAAAUUUUUAGAUCUACAAAAACUUUAAUACUUCAAUACCUUAAUUCGAUGGGAGUGUGAAGUAGCAAAAAAAGAUCUAUAUGAAAAAAUCAAAUAAGAUUUACCAGCGAUUUCACGGAUGAUGUUCCAGGGAAGAUAUACUCCAUCGCUCUAACUGUCACCUCUCGAUCUCUCCAACUCUCUUUAUCUCCCAGUCUCUCUACAUCUCUACUCUUGAUUUGGAUAAGUUUUUAUUUCACCUAUGCCCUGAAAAUCACACACACUCUCUCUCGGUCUCGCUCGAUCUCUCUGCAUCCAUCGCCGGCUAUGGAAUAGAGCACCGGUAGAUUAGAGAGGGGAUAAGGCAGAAGGGCUGAAAAUAUGUGGAAGUGAGAAUACCACGGAGGAUAUCUCAAAAAUGGAUUGGGCUGCCGGAAUUGAGUAAUAACGACAUGGAUACGGAGAAAGAGAAUGGCAUAGAAAAUGACACUCACAACAUAGAGACGAAAAAUGAGGACGACGCAUAUGAAGAGAUGAUGGGUGAUUCUCCCCCGGUGAAGCUACUACCACCAACCAACACCGUUCCUGACGCUGAACCUGAUGAUGAAGAUGAAAUUCAGGUUACGGGUGAUGAGGAUCAAGGACAGGAGACACGGGCGGCAGCUGCCGAUCAUGACGGCAUCCAGAUUCAAACAGGAGAUGACGGCCGGCAAGCAACCACCUCCGCCAAUGCGGAGGAUAAGGGAGCAGAGUUGGCUUCUCAGGAGGAGGAGGAGGAGGAGGAGGAGAUCAUCACAGAGCUCCCUCUCGAUCUUUCGACGGUAUCGGAUGAGGUUGAUCAGUUCAUCUCUCAAAUUAACAACAUCUCCGUGGAAGGAGGUGAUGGAUCGCAGCUUCCUGUUGAUAUUCCCAUAUGUGUGGACCAAUUAGCAUCGGUUGUGGAAGCCAAGUUGGAGGAAAUAAUCAGGAGUGUGUCCAAAUGGAGCCAACUAGGUGAAGAAGAGACGGCCUCGUUAUUGGGUGCCGUGAAUCGGGUUUCGAGGCUAUCCAAAUCACUCCUCCUCUCGUCUCAUCAAAUCAAUCCCUCUUCAGAACAAACAUACGCCCGAUACAUCAGCCGGGUGGGAGGCGUCCUCCAUCGGGCUGUGUCCUACUUGGAAGAGGAAUUCCGAUCAUACCUUGAAGAUUAUAAGUUUCCCGAUCCUGCCGAUCUGCCCAACCAGGAGUCCCCUGCAGAUCUGGCUGGUGAUGAUGCCGCGGUUGAGGAGGUAGUAGAUGGUUGUGGUAGUGAUACCACCACCACCACCACCACGGCGGUUGCAGAAGACAAUAAGUUCCCCGCAUACCCUGAUGAAACAGUGUCCAAUUUGAACAGAUUAGCCAGGGCCAUGAUUUUCUGUGGCUACAAGACGGAAUGCCUGCAGGUAUACACGAUAUCACGAAGGAACGCGUUGGAGGAAUGCCUCCGCAAGGUUGGGUUCGAGAAACACAGCAUCGAUGAUGUGCAGAAGAUGAAUUGGGAGGUUGUGGAGAGAGAGAUUGCUGCCUGGAUCGCAACAUUCAAGCAUUGCGCCGAGGUGACCUUCUCCUGCGAAAGGAAGCUGUGUGAUGCCGUGUUUUGUAACUGUGGCGAUGGUGGUGGUGGUGAUGAUGGGUCGUCAUCAUCGAGCAUCAUCAUCUUCGGUGGCUUAUCCAUGGGUUUCGUGCUCCAGUUAUUUGUUUUCCCUGAAGCGGUGGCAAUGACAAAACGCUCCUCGGAGAAGCUGUUCAAGUUCUUGGAUCUGUACGAGGCGAUGCGAGACCUUCUCCCUACAAUGUACUCAAACAUCCCCGGGGAGUGCAUAGGGGAGCUGAAGGCGGAAGCAACCCUGACCAGGGGUAGGCUGGGGGAGGCGAUGGUCUCAAUUUUCACGGAGCUGGAAAACUCGAUCAAGGCAGACUCUGGAAAGACCCCUGUUCCAGGGGGUGCGGUUCAUCCCCUCACUCGCUACAUUAUGAACUAUCUAAAAUUAGCUAGCGACUACAAGGAGACGCUAGAGCAAGUGUUCAGAGAGCACCAGAAGAUCGACAGAGCGGAUUCUGCAACAGGAUCAGACUUCGACUACAACAGCAGCAGCAGCAACAACAACAACUCUAAUUCCCAGCAGCAGCCUGGUGGUCAUCAUCAUCAGGGUCACACGGCUGCCGCCACACCCAGGCGGCAAUCGCCCUUGGAAAUGCAGAUAGCCAAAGUGAUGGAGCUGCUGGAUGUGAACCUGGAAAACAAAUCUAAGCUCUACAAGGACCCCUCCCUUUGCUCCAUUUUCAUGAUGAACAACGGGAGAUACAUACUACAGAAAGUGAGGGGUUCUCCGCAGAUCAAUGCCUUGAUGGGGGACCAAUGGUGUAGAAAACGGUCCUCAGAUCUGAGACAGUACCACAAGACGUACCAGCGGGAAACCUGGGGAAGACUGUUACAGUGUUUGAGCAUUGAGGGUCUGAACGUCCAUGGGAAGAUUAACAAACCUGUGUUGAAAGAGAGGUUCAAGAGCUUCAAUGCGGUGUUCGACGAGAUACACAAGACUCAAACCACCUGGGUAAUAAUUGACGAACAACUUCAAUCCGAACUCCGGGUUUCAAUUUCCAAUAUGGUCAUCCCCGCCUACCGAUCCUUUCUUGCUAGGUUCAGUCAAACCUUUACCCCAGGGAGACAGACGGAGAAGUAUGUCAAGUACCAGCCUGAGGAUAUCGAAACUUACAUUGACGAGCUUUUUGAUGGGAAUGCUACUAAAAAAUAAAUUCGAAUUGAAGCUAUAGCCAGAUAUAAUGCUGCUGCGGGCUAACUCGAGUGCGUGCAUGCCUUUACUUACUGGAUUCCCUUCCUUACUCGAUCACCGUGCAUUAUUUUUCUUUCUGUGUAUUAUUGUACUCCGUAUUUAAUUUUAAUUAAUUCAUUCAUUUGGAACCUUUGUUGAUUGAUCACAGCCUCGGCCCCGCCUCUUUUUAUAUAUUCAUUUUCUAGUUUUGAAUUAAAUGACUCUACAAUUA